UUGAUUGAAGGUUAAGAAUGCCCAAAAACAAGUCUUCCGGUUUGGUUCUCUUUCUAUUUCCGGUAGCCGUUAAUUAACUGUCUAUCCCGCCUCGUAAGUAGCAAACCUUAAUCCAAGAACUAUUACCCCACAAGUCCACAUUCCUUGCAGUUGAUGCUGAUUCAGAAAUCAGGAGUCACGACCAGCCCCAGAUAAGAUACCAGACAAUUUAUACUCGGUGGAAAAAUUGUAUGCUCCAUAGCUUCAUCAUCAUCAUCGUCAGAUUCUUUGGAACUGAGCUGUCACGUAAGCUCUGAAACAUGGGCUUCCCUGAAAUUGUCGAUUUUGCCCGCAGUUUCGCCGUCAUGGUCAGAAUUCAAGGCCCCGACCCAAAGGGCCUAAAAAUGCGGAAACAUGCUUUCCACCACUAUAAUUCUGGCAACACAACAUUGUCGGCGUCAGGGAUGCUUUUACCUGGAUUUUCUUAUUAUCCCUCAAGAACCAAGGAAAUCGGUAAUGAGAACUGGGAUGCAGAGUCUGUGCGGAAUUCUGUGUUGGUUUUGACUGUUGCAUCAGUCAUUGAGCCUUUUGUCAGUAAGCAACACAAGACAGACAUCUAUAAGGAUAAACCCCAGUUGCUAUUUGGUGUUCAAAUUGAAAUAUUGGUUGAGGGGAAAAGGGAAAUAGAUGUUGAAAUCACAAAGGGGAAGACUUCUCAAUGGAUUCCAGCGGAACUUCUAACGAUGGUUAACAUUCCUGUAUCAUCCAGUGCUGUACAAUCUCUCAUUGAAACUGCUUCUGGUUCUUUGGAGCAUGGUUGGGAAAUUGGUUGGUCAUUGGCUUCCUAUGCCAGCGUUCCCCAAUCUGUUAUGGGUGAUGCUCAGUCAGAGGUUGAGCAAUCUCCUUUCCAGAUGCAAGGGCAAAUGAGGGGGUCAGAAUCAAGCAAUCCAAGUAUUUUGGCUGCAAUGACUACAAGGAUGGCACUUCUUCGUGUUUCCAAAAAGUUUUGUAAGGUUCUGCCAGAGUUGAACACAUCUCCUCGAAGUCAGAAAGGAGAUAUUCUUCUGGCAAUGGGUUCUCCUUUUGGCAUCCUGUCUCCUGUGCAUUUCUUCAACAGUAUAUCAGUGGGAUCUAUUGCAAACAGCCAUCCGCCUUCUUCCUCUGACAGAUCACUGUUAAUGGCUGAUAUUCGCUGUCUUCCUGGCAUGGAGGGCAGCGCGGUUUUCGGAGAACAUGGCCAAGUUAUUGGUAUUUUGACUAGACCCUUACGGCAAAGGACUAGUGGUGCAGAAAUUCAGCUGGUGAUUCCUUGGGAAGCCAUUGCAUCUGCUUGCAGUGACUUGCUGCAGGAGGAGCCUCAACUUACGUGGAAAGAGAUCUCUUAUAACCAUGGAAACUUGAAUGAUGUAGGAAAGAUGUCAACUGAAGGCUUUGCCAUAGAUAGAUCACUGAAGCACAGUCAUGAGUCUCUCCUUUCUGGUUCCAUUUCGCCAUCUCCUGUUGAGAGGGCAAUUUCUUCUGUUUGCCUUAUAACCAUUGAUGAUGGAGCUUGGGCUUCUGGUGUUUUGCUCAACAAACAAGGUCUGGUUCUCACAAAUGCUCAUCUGUUGGAACCAUGGAGGUUUGGGAAAGCAGCUUCAAGUCGUGAGAUUAAUACAGAAAAAUCUAAGUUAGUGUCCUUCCCCUGUGAGGAAUCUUUGUUUGGAGACGUGAAAUUCAAUAACCAUUGGCGGAAUAAGGAUUUUCUAUCUGGAGGGAUGAAAAAUGAAGAUUCUUCUCGGGGUGAUGAACAGGGCAGAUCUAUAUUCAAAGUCACGAAAAGCAUAAGCAGAAAAAGCAUACGUAUUCGCUUGGAUCACAGGGAUCCUUGGUUAUGGGUUGAUGCUAGGGUAGUUUACGUUUCUAAAGGACCCCUCGAUGUUGCACUGCUUCAGCUUGAGUUUGUUCCCAAUCAACUUCACCCGAUUAGUGUGGAAUUUAAAUGCCCCUUACCUGGAUCAAAAGCAUAUGUUAUUGGCCAUGGACUAUUUGGACCUCGAUGUGAAUUCCUUCCAUCUGCUUGCCUUGGUGUCAUAUCAAAAGUUGUUGAGGCAAAGAAUGAGUUGCAUCAUCAAUCCAGUCUAGAUACAAAUAUGGAUGGUCAAUUUCCAGCAAUGCUCGAGACCACAGCAGCUGUACACCCUGGGGGCAGUGGGGGUGCUAUUGUGGAUUCUGAUGGUCAUAUGAUUGGCCUUGUUACCAGUAAUGCCAGACAUGGUGGAGGAGCUGUAAUUCCACAUUUGAACUUCAGCAUUCCUUGUGCGCCUCUAGAGCCUGUCUUCAAGUUUUCCCAAGACAUGCAGGACUUGUCACUCCUUGACGAUCUUGAUAGACCAAAUGAGCAUCUUUCCGCCAUAUGGGCAUUGAUGCCACCAUUAUCACCUAAACCAGAUCCGUCUUUGCCUGGUCUUCCAAAACUUCAAAUAGGAGACAAUGAGAAGGAUGUGAAGGGUUCUCGAUUUGCUAAAUUCAUUGCUGAUAGACACAACUUGUUGAAAGAUCAAAGUGGAAAGGUUGAACACCUCUCAAACAAAUUUAUACCUAGUAAGUUGUGACAGCGCAGUCAUAAAUUGUUGGAUCACCGAUAUGUGAAUGACACUUCAAAGCGCCAGAAGAAAGAGUGUGGCCAAACUUGUUUGUUGUAAUCUAUUAAAGACCACGGAGAAGAGCAUCUGCAACAGCUGAAAUUCUUUGCCUGUGCACUUCUUUGGUGAUAAGAAGAGAUGAUGCUCCAGAAAAAAUAAGGAGCAGGAAAUUUUGUUUUCUGUCAUGAUUGUACAAUAAAUUCGUCAUUCAAUACAAAACUGGUCUUUCAUUUGAGUGAUUUGA